CAGACUAGACCACCUGAUAUUUAGAGCCAGACUACUCGACACGUCAAGCGUUGUCCGUGUGUCUGCAGCAGAAACCCCAAGCCUGGUGUGUUUCGUUGUUCGCGGCGGCGUUGUGGUCGGGAUCAAGGAUUGAAGCGUGUCCUGUCUCCCCCCGCAUUCGCUACUCCUUUCUUCGUGCUCUCGCAAGUUCCAUACCACUCUCGCCGUCGUAGAAUGCAAUCCCUUUCGCAUCACUUACGUAGCGAGUGAAGUGCUCCAAGGCGUGCGCCGCGCUCACUAUGAUGUGGAAUGUUCAAUACACUUCUGCUCAUAUCUCAUGCAUCUGGAUUGUCUACAUUCCUUCUCUAUCGUGACAUCGUUUUUAGUUUUGAAGAUUUGAGAACUACUUCGACUCAUCAGGUCUCCCGCCCCCUUGCAAACAGCCAUCGUUGGUGUUCCAUACAUUUGACACGGUACGAGAUCAAAUUCUGCAAAGCGCAUCCUUAAUAUGCCGGACCGUUCAGAUUAUGGGUUGUCCCCUCCUUUUGACGAACGACUCUCCCGAAGCUGUCCUCCAAACUGGCCUGAAACGGUGGUAACGCCAUCUCCUCACAUGAACUAUCGUUCACCCGAAAACUUGCCGACAAGCGAAGGUGAUGAAGGAUUGGAAGGCGCCGCUGAGGCUUUUAAUGCAAAAACCCGUGGAUUCCCGGACAACUGCAGAUAUCAGCAAUUUGAACACACUGUGCUUUCCCGAUUCCGGGCUGUGACUUUGAAUGAUGUAGAAGAGUCUCCAAUGGUCGUUGAUCUUCCCGCGACUGGUGUCCAGAGUCCAUUUAAGACAAUUUCUGACUAUUCGGACUUCAAAGAUCCCAGAACUAAUAAAUUGAAAGGACUCGCAGAACUACUAGAGCAACCUGAAUCUUCCCUGGCUCGGGGACGUUGCUAUCAAUUGCUCGAAGAAGACUAUGCGGGUGGCCCAUCACAGUCAGGUGGAGAUAUUAUUGUGCAGCGUGUGCCCAGCUUUGCAAUCGAUGUUGGAACCCCGGGAGCUCGUGGAAUUCGGGCUGAAUUCGACGAGCGUUAUAUUUCCUAGACUCUUGAAUUAGCUGAAGGCUCUACAAAUAAUGUUCAUUUUGUUUUGAACGUGAUCAAUCAUACGCAAUAAUCAGCAGUUUUUCGAAUCCUAGGCACGGGAUAUAUUUUGGUGACAGAAUCAUCAUAAUUACGUCGUUCAAGAUCCUGUGAAAAGACAACAAUUCCAAGUGCCUGGCAUCCAAUUCAGCUAAUAAAGGAAGAUUUGCGUCGCUUCGUGCCUCAUUUUUCAAUUAGGACUCUUACAAAUAAUACUGAGGUACAGUGAAUUUUCAUUUCAUAGAAUUACUAUUUUCACUUUACAGUGUCAAAUCAUCUUUAAUUAGCAGUAGCCAAGGGUUUACCCUCUCGAUCUAUGAUGUAGAUGGCCCUUCCUACAGCCAAGCCAGCAUGAGUUGUAUCGAUCUAAGCAUGAACCUUAUUUCUCAAUGAGGAUUCCAGUAUCGAGGCAUCUGAUACUUCCAUUUGAUAAUUUUUUUGUUUUCA